GUUAUGUGCGGACGUGUAUAUGUGUAUUGUCACCUGUUUCAUUACGUUCGUAACCACGGCAACCAGGUAUAAACAACAUGGUUGUCAGAUCGGCGUUGCGUAUGCAGAUGAAUGCCUGUUCUGUUCAAUAAAUCCUCAACUUAUGUUCAGGAAUUGUAACAGAUCAUAAAAUCAGAUCGCAAAUGUUUUCCGUGUCAAAGAGGAUUAUUUCUGUGAUUAUCAAAAAUCGUUCUCGUGACAAGAUUCUUCUUCAAGUUUGUUGCGGAGUUCAAUGUGAAAAUUAUUGUAGUUCAGAAACAAUAAGGAACGACGCAAAGAAGAAACGCGAAUAUGAAGUUAUACCAGUUGAAAAUAUUAGAAAUUUUAGUAUUGUUGCACAUGUGGAUCAUGGAAAGAGUACAUUGGCAGAUCGGCUUUUGGAGAUGACUGGUGCUAUUGAGAAAAACGGUGGGACAAGUCAAGUUUUAGAUAGAUUACAGGUUGAACGUGAUCGUGGGAUUACAGUUAAAGCACAGACCGCCUCUUUAAACUACACUGCAAAUAAUCGCGAAUAUUUAUUGAAUCUUAUUGAUACACCAGGACAUGUUGAUUUUUCAAGUGAGGUGUCCCAUUCUUUGGCAGCAUGCCAGGGAGUUAUAUUGUUAGUAGAUGCUAAUCAGGGAGUUCAAGCACAAACAGUGGCCAAUUUUUAUAUAGCAUUUAGCAAGGAACUCGUUAUCAUUCCUGUUCUUAACAAAAUUGAUUUGAAAAACGCUGACCCUGAAGAAGUGUCAUGCCAGUUAAGGACAUUGUUUGACAUCAGUGAAAAGAAUAUAUUGAAGGUAUCUGCCAAGUUUGGUACAGGAGUUGAAGAUUUACUGCAAGCCAUAAUAAACAGACUGCCACCUCCCCCUGUUAAUCGUGAUGCUCCAUUCCGUGCCCUUCUUUUUGACAGCUGGUAUGAUCGCUAUCGAGGGGCUGUGAUAUUAGUCUAUGUUACAGAUGGUACAGUGAAAGUAGGAGAUGAGAUUGUGGCAGCAUAUUCAGGCAAGAAUUAUGAAAUUAAAAGUACUGGAUUGUUGCGACCCCAUGAAGAGCCAACAGAUAAAUUGAUGGCAGGACAGGUGGGAUACUUGACAUGCAACAUGCGCUCCACUAAAGAAGCACAUAUAGGAGACACUUUGCACCACAGAAACCAGUCUGUGAGCAUGUUGCCAGGCUUUAAACCUCCAAACCCAAUGGUAUUUGCUGGUGUUUACCCCAUGGACCAAUCACAACACAUUGCCCUACGAAGUGCCAUUGAGAAACUUAUGCUCAAUGAUUCAGCAGUGACAGUCACUACUGAUUCCAGUCCAGCACUAGGGCAGGGCUGGAGGUUAGGUUUCCUUGGUUUGCUGCAUCUGGAGGUGUUCAACCAGCGUCUUGAGCAGGAGUAUGAUGCACAGACUAUCUUCACAGCACCAAGUGUCACGUACAAAGCUAGGAUAUUUGGAGAGAAAAAUGUGAAGCAGUAUGGUGGAUCAGAGAUUACCAUUACAAAUCCAGCACAUUUUCCUGACCCAUGUAUUGUUACUGAAUUCCUGGAACCUAUGGUGAUGGGAACAAUCAUCACUCCAGACACAUACCUGGGUCCUGUCUUGUCCCUCUGCAUGGAGCGGCGAGGUACUCAGCAAAGCUCCAUCAACAUUGAUAAUCGUCAUGUAAUGACGCAGUUUUUGUUGCCACUGAAUGAGAUCAUUGUGGAUUUCCAUGACCAUCUAAAGUCUAUUUCUUCAGGUUAUGCCAGUUUUGACUAUGAGGAAUAUGGUUUUGUUCCUUCAAAACUUGUAAAGCUCAACAUCUUGCUCAAUGGGAUCGUGGUUGAAGAACUGAGCAUGGUGGUUCAUGCCUCCAAGGCGUCUGCUGUGGGACGCAGGAUAUGCCUCAAACUUAAGGAUAUUAUUCCACGACAACUAGUUGAGAUUGCUAUUCAAGGCGUAGUUGGAGGAAAAAUUGUCGCAAGAGAAACACUGAAGGCAUAUCGUAAGGAUGUGACAGCAAAACUGUAUGGGGGAGAUGUGACAAGGAGAAUGAAACUGCUAAAUAGACAGGCAGAGGGCAAGAAAAAAAUGAAGUUGGUGGCCAACAUUAAGCUUCCACGAGAGACAUUCAUUGAUGUGUUGAAGCGAUAAAGCUUCAAGAGUUAUGUGAUUCACCACAGCUUAUCAUCAUUUUAGUCACAGGUAGUACCAAAAAGGCUACCAAUGGAAUAUAGUGAGACACCAUUAGCAUCAUUUUUAAGGAACCAAGAAUUGCUCUGACCAUGUUAAGAUGAUGGCUUCUUUAAUCCUCUAAUGAGAUACAGUGGUAACAUGAGAAUGUUUCAGAAUUGAAUUUUCUCUAACUUUUGGAAAUGAUAAACAAUAAAGAGGGGAACUUCAGUGCAUGUGUUAAAUAAAUAUUGUGAAAUAAUA